AUGCAAUCACAGCGCUGUGCCUUCAUCGCCUUACCUCAAACAUGGAAGCAGACACCAGGCAAAGCUCCUGAUAUCGACCCAUCAUCGCUUCCUCCUUCUUGUCUUCCUUCUUCUUCUUCUUCCCCAGCUAUAUCCCACCUCUCUCUUCCUCCCUCUCUUUCACCCAUAUCUCUCUCUCCUCUGUUCCCUCUGUCCCCCCAUUAUCUCCUGAGGUUCCUUCUGGUUCUCCUGUCCUCCCUGUGUUUACUGCCCUGCCCCACACAGGCAGCCUGGUUUCGGGUUGGGGUGGUCGGACCAUGGGGGUGUGACCCUCUCUUUGCCAAGGCCCUUCCCAGUGUGGCGGCACAGCUCGCCGUCAACCGCAUCAACAAGGACCCCUCGCUGUCCUACGCUGUAACAUUCGACUAUGCUGUGCUGCAGGAACCAUGUGAGACAUCCAGGGCACUGGAGGCAUUCAUGGGGUUCCACACCAGGGCCUCAGGGUACAUUGGACCUGCCAACCCCGGCUACUGUGAUGCUGCUUCAAUGCUGAGCAAAGGCUGGAACAAAGCAUUGUUUCCUUGGGGUUGUGUUGGCUAUGAGCUAGACAAUGUUCGGAGCCACCCAACCUUUGCCCGUUCAAUGCCAAGGCCCACCUGGGUGCUCCUCAGUGUCAUAAACUACUUCAGGUGGGCCCACAUUGGCAUCAUCUCUUCCUCAGAGGACAUCUGGGUGGAGACGGCCACCAAGGUCGCUGAUUCCUUGAGGAGCCAUGGUCUGCCGGUCAGACUGGUCAGUUUUAUGGAGAACACACCUCACGGCAUCAGACGAACUCUGUCCAAGGUCCGCAAGAUGGGAGAAUUACGAGUUGUUAUUCUCUGCAUGCACUCGGCGCUGAUUGGUGGCGCAGCCCAGAAGCUGCUCUUGGAGACAGCCUACGACAUGCAGAUGAUCGAUGGCUCUCUGGUCUUUGUGCCCUACGACACCCUGCUCUACAGCCUGCCCUACCGCAACGUGACCUACCCAGCUCUGAAGAGCAACCGCAAACUACUGCGGGCUUACGACGCCGUGCUGACAGUCACAAUUGACUCACCACAGGUGUCGUUCUACGAGGCCUACAGAGAGGCCAUGGAGAGGGGAGAGGUGGCGAGGACGCUGAAUCCACAGCAGGUGUCUCCUCUCUUUGGCACCAUCUACAGCUCUGUUCUCUUCAUGGCUCAUGCGGUGCAUCGCGUUCGGGAGUCUGGGGAGUGGAUGUCUGGGGGAAACUUGGCGAGACACACCCGCAACUUGGCCUUCCAGGGCUUCAGCCAUCCCAUCAAAACCAACGACUCUGGAGCAGCUCUGCUGGACUACCUCAUACUGGACACAGACGGACUCUCCUGGGAGCUGAAGCCAACAUACAGGAUCGAUAUGGAGGCCCGUAUGGUGAGUUUCCUGGGUCGAGACAUCCACUUCCCUCGCGGCUACGGACCCAGGAAGGAUGCCUCCUGCUGGUUUACUCCUGGAGUCCUCUGCUCAGGAGGGGUGGAUCUAUACUCGACCAUCAGCGUGUUCCUUGGAGCGAUGGCCACCUCUGUUUUUGCAGUCGCACUGAUUUACUGCAUCAGGGGACGUAUCAUUCAGAUUCGACUGAUUAGGGGUCCAAACAAGAUCUUGCUGACACUGGCAGACGUCACAUUCAUUAACCCGUCUCUUAGCAACAAGAAGCUGAGUCACAGUGACAGCAGGAACAGCGGCAUGAGGAGCGUGUCAGACCGCAGCCUCAUGUCGCCCGUCUCAUCCCAAUCCCCGGCCACCUACGAGAACUCCAACGUCGUCAUUUACGAGGGUGACUGGGCGUGGCUAAAGAGACUUCCUGAUGGGAUGUUUAGCAGCAUCAACCCCAAAACCAGCCAAGUGUUUGAACUGAUGAAGGACAUGCGUCAUGAGAAUAUAAACCCUUUCCUGGGCUUCUUCCAUGACUGUGGCGUGUUCGCUAUCGUGACCGAGUUCUGCUCCAGAGGAAGUUUGGAGGACCUGGUGCUGAACGACGACGUCAAACUGGACUGGAUGUUCAAGUCUUCUCUGCUACUGGAUUUAAUUAAGGGUAUGAAGUACCUCCAUCACCGCAAAGUGUGCCACAGUCGUCUGAAGUCCCGUAACUGUGUGGUGGAUGGGCGUUUUGUCCUCAAGGUCACAGACUACGGCUACAACGAGGUUCUGGAGGCCCAGAGGUUCCCCUAUAUUGAGCCACCUGCAGAGGAGUUGUUGUGGACUGCUCCGGAGAUCCUGAGGAUCUCUGAGCAGCCGGGGGUUCACGGGACUCUAUCUGGUGACGUGUACAGCUUUGCCAUCGUCAUGCAGGAGGUGGUGAUCAGAGGGCCUCCAUUCUGCAUGCUGGACCUGUCCGCCGCAGAGAUAAUAGAGAAGCUCCGUAAGCCUCCGCCUCUGUGUCGUCCGGUGGUCAGUGCAGACUAUGCUCCGUUAGAGUGCAUCCAGUUGAUGAAACAGUGCUGGAAUGAACAGCCAGACAAGAGGCCUGACUUUGAGGAGAUCUUCGACCAGUUUAAGAACAUCAACAAGGGGAAGAAGACCAACAUCAUAGACUCCAUGCUGAGGAUGCUGGAGCAGUACUCGUCUAACCUGGAGGAGCUGAUCAGAGAGCGAACGGAGGAGCUGGAAAUUGAGAAACAGAAGACGGAAAAACUGCUCACACAGAUGUUGCCUCCGUCCGUGGCCGAGGCUUUGAAGGUGGGCGGGACGGUGGAACCAGAGCAUUUUGCCAAUGUGUCGCUUUAUUUCAGCGACAUCGUCGGCUUCACCACCAUCUCAGCCCAUAGUGAACCCAUCGAGGUGGUCGACCUGCUGAACGACCUCUACACAGUCUUUGACGCCAUCAUAGGAAACCACGAUGUCUACAAGGUGGAGACUAUCGGUGAUGCUUACAUGGUGGCGUCAGGUGUUCCUGUCCCAAAUGAGGACCGCCACGCUGCAGAGAUAGCUAACAUGGCGCUCGACAUCCUGAGCGCUGUGGGAACCUUCAAAAUGAGACACAUGCCUGAUGUUCCUGUCAGGAUACGUAUAGGACUGCACACAGGUCCAUGUGUAGCAGGCGUGGUAGGCCUCACCAUGCCUCGCUACUGUCUGUUUGGAGACACAGUGAACACGGCUUCUCGUAUGGAGUCCAGUGGGCUGCCCUACAGGAUCCAUGUCCACCAGAGUACAGUGAAGAUCUUGCGGGACCUAAAUCUCGGCUACAAGCUCGAGUUGAGAGGCAAGACAGAAAUCAAGGGGAAAGGAGUAGAGGAGACCUUCUGGCUUGUAGGGAGGGAUGGAUUUAACAAACCUCUACCUGUUCCUCCAGAAGUCAAGUCUGGGCAAAUGGCCCACGGGCUGCAGAUCGCCGAGAUAGCCCAGUACAAGAAACGGAAAGCCGAGAAACAACAACAGGAACAACUUGCAAAGAAGAAAAACACCCAGAUCAUCAUCCCAACGAAGGAAUCAAAGGACGUAAAGCAGGUGUUUCACAAGGCGGUGAAGAUGAUCUCUCACGUCCGCGUCAUGACUGAGCUCAUCGUGCCCGAUGAAGAUGACAACGUCAUGAUGUCGCACCACUGACUGACCUGUACAGUAAUGUACAACUUUGCCAGGACUAGACUUCUGGGUAGAUUUUAACUGCAAGGCCUGGUUGUCAGCGCUUUAAACUCAUCAUCCUCACAAGUUUCUUGUGAAAAUCCACUGACAAAAGUUUCCAGGAGGAGAAAGGGGCUAGUGACAGCGUUAUCGGAUCAUCACUGUCUGUGUCUGUGUGUAUUAACAGCUUGAGUUGACGAGAUGAAGUCUUGUGUUGAACUAUGUAUAGAGGGUAGAGAAGUAGUGACUCAGCAAAGCGGGGAUCUACAUACAAUGCCUGUCAGCAGCAGAGGAAUGCAGCUAAUCUCUCGUUCAUUUCCUCCUCCUUUGCUUCCCUGUUUCUCUGUCUGAAGGGAGGAGAAGAAAGGAGAGAAGGGAAGGAGGGGAAAUAGAGAGAGAGAGAGAGAGAGAGAGAGAGAGAGAGAGAGAGAAACACAAAUAUCCUCCAGAAAUACUUAGUAAUGUUUAGGUACUUAGUAUUUUUGGACAUUUUAUUUGGAUAGUGAACAGUAGACAGGUGACUCAGAUCUUGGACAUUGUGAUUACAUUAGUGCUGCAAAUAAUAAUUUUAAUUAUCUGCC